UUCUUUUUAUUUUUUAUUUCUUCUUCGCUGCUGCUGCGGUGUGAAAACAAACAGCGCGCGGGGAGCAGAAGCCAUAAGAUGAAGAAACGUUAUGUGGACGCGAACAGGCUACGGAAAAUGAAAAAGCUGAAAAUAACGGAGAAGCUGUCCGAAAGUGCGUACACUGUCGUGAAGUUUAUGAUGAUGUGGACGCUGGUGCUGCUGGCAGAUUUCAUUCUUGAAUUCAGACUGGAGUACCUGUGGCCAUGCUGGCUCUUCUUUGGGAGCGUGUACACCACUUUCCACUGCCACGGGCUGGUUAUUUGUGUUGUUUUUGUUUGUGCUGCCUUUACUCUGGACAUCUUUUGUUUAAUUUUUGUUCCUUUGCACUGGCUCUUCUUUGUGGCGAGCACCUAUGUGUUAUUCAACUACAUAUGGCACACAGAGAAAGGCAUCUGUAUAUCGACGGUGUCCCUGUGGAUUCUGCUUGUGUACACAGAGGCUUCACUUCGACUCAAAGACCUUAAAACCUCUCAUGCCAACCUUUCUCAUCUUUUUGCUGCACACUGCAUUGGAUAUCCUGUAGUGUAUCUGGGUUUUUAUGCCACCUGCUAUUUCACCAACAUCUUUAAGCUGCGCAUACAGAAAGCAGUGCAGAGUGAGAAUGAUUUCCACAUGCACCUCCUGCAGCACUCGCUCCCUCCAGGCCUGCAGGUUUACCCCAAGACUGGCACAGAUGGCAGCAGCAGCUCAAAAUGGAAGAUAAAGCCAGAGUCGAGUCAGUAUCAGUGUCAGAACGGCGCUGCAGUGGCCCAUGAUGAGGGACACACUGUGGACUGCCUCCAGAUCCGCAGCGAGGAGAGAACGACAGAGAAGGGAACACAGGAGGUGAGGUCUGCUGAAUUAAACCGACGGCCAUCACCGUCCAAACCCGGUGAGUCCAGAGACCUGCUCCACUGUGGGGCAGGAGGAGCAGAAUCCUCUACAACCCUGGAAAAUCUACCUCACAAUGAGCCAGGAAGCAAAGCCACACGGGCGGCUAAAAGCUCCUCACCAAAAGCCCGCAGAGGCAGCACAAACACUCCUUCACCACCUGCAGGGAGAACUGAGAAGAAACAGAGAUCCAGCUCAAAAACAGUCAGCCCCAGCCGGGACUUAGCAGACAAGAGUGCCACAGCAGCUCAGAAUUACCACGCUGAGCAAAUGGCCAAGCUUGAGCAGGAGCUGAGGAGACUGAAGGGCGAGGUCCAGGCGAGCAGGCAGAGCGAGCAGGAGCUGCGAAGUCACAUCUGCAACUUGACCAACAGCGAGAGGAGCCUGAGACCAGAGGUUUCUCUGCUCAGACAGUCCAACAUGCUGCUCCAGAGCAAGAUUCUUUGUCUGACUAAAACCAAGCAGAGGGACAAACAGAGCAGUGCGAUGCUGGAGAAGAAGACCAGAGCAGAGACAGAGGCCAGACUCUCUGUUGAGAAACAGUUGGCUGAGCUUCAGGCUCAGAAACUGGAGGAAGCAGCCAACACAGCAAGGAGCCUAACAAACAGGCAGGAACACUGUGAAACCCAAAUGUUAAGGAAAAGAGUUAAAGAUCUAGAGACAGAGUACAAACAACUACAGCUGGAGUAUCAAGUGAAAGAGAGUCGUGUGGUAGAUCUAGAGAGUGAUGUUGAGGCUUUGGGAAAGUACCGCUGUGUGGAGAAAGAGACAGACAUGCUGCUGUCCACUCUGUCAGCCAUGCAGGAGAAAGCUCAACACCUGGAGUACAACCUGAGUGCCGAGACUCGCAUCAAACUGGACCUGUUCUCGGCUCUGGGAGACGCCCGCAGGCAGCUGGAGAUCGCUCAAGAUAAAGUGAUGAAGCAGGACCGGGAGAUACGGGAGAUGAAGCAGAAGAUCGCAGAGGUGAUGGCUGUCAGUCCCGGCGUAUCCUACGUGGCUCCUCGGCCCCAGGUGCCGCAGUAUCUCACCAAGUUACUCAACUCUGAGCGCUACAUGCUGAAUCCACGAGCACUGAUGUACCAGUGUCUGAAGAAAUAAAAGAUGUCAUCGCCUUUUGCAGAUCCUCAGACCUCUAUGGCAGACCCCUCCAUCAUAAAACAUGAUUGGAGAGGGCUAAUGGAUUUUAUUACAGAGCUAAAUGACACCAUGAAGUCAUCUACUUCCAGCCAUGAGUGGAACCAGAAUGAGCCUUCACAAGUCGAAUGCCUUUUGCUGCACUGAUGGUGCUAACUUGACAUUAUUGCAUAGAUUUUCCUAUUUCCUCCCAUAACAAGGGUUGAAUAGUUUUUCUCCAAAAUAAGAAAUCUGAUAUGCAGAGCUGCUGUAGGCACACCUUUUAUGAGAAGAUACACUCCUAACAGCAUUAACCAUAAAGCACAACAUUUCUUCAAAUUCAGACCCUGUAGAUUUGUCUAAAUGAAAUUCUGCUACUGGGUUUGGACAUUUCUACACAAGAGACAAGUGUCAAAACAAUGAAACAAGUGUUUCCUGAACCGAGUGGUUGUGUCUCUCUUGUCUAAGGUCAGAUGUGACCUCAGAUCAGUAAACAUGAAUUUGCGGUUUACUCAUGUAUUUAAAUUUAAUAAUAUAUUUAAAUUCUAAAUUUAUAAGUAGAUAAAUCUUGCUACCCUACGCAAUAACAAGUUACCUACUGUAGCUUUAACUCUGCACAACACUGUAUUUCCUGGCAUGAAAGUAAAACUAAACACUCAAAAUUAUUUAUGUCUUUAUCAAAAGUAUUAUACUUACAAAGUUUUAAUAUUUAUAAUACAAUCUUUAAAUUAUUACAGAAUGAUCUUCAUCUGCAGUGAUAUUGACUAAAGCAUUAAAAAUAACAUGUUAAAAUUUUAAAGUCUUGUUUAUCUCUUCGAGUCAAAUGAUAUUUUAGUAUAUAUUAGGAAAAAAAGGAUCUAAUAGGCCUUUUGCACAGCAGACAUUUUGAUGUGUCAUAGCAGGAAAAGCACCGGUGUUACUAAUAACACAAACAAGGGCUCUGUUUUGUUCAUGUCUCCAAGCAGCCUGUGACAGUGAGCCAGCGUGCACAAUAGCAGGACCCUGAAUGUUAAGCAUCUAAAUGGAAUUCAGCCAUCGUUCAUUUGAUUACGUUUUUCCCACUGUGACUUGUCAACAUAUUUUCUGUAAAAAAGGCCCUUUAAAAUAUUACGAUUUAAAAUUUCAUGCUACAACAGAUUUUGGUUAAACAUGUUAAUUUAGACGUGAGCUCUGUGAACCAUGUCUCAAUAUACAGAGAUGAUAAAUGAGUUGUGUUUAUGGACUUUGAAUUAUACAAAUUUAAAUAAACCUUUAUUUGAUAAGAUACAAAUAUUAGGUCCAAUCAAAAUUCUAUAUACAAUUUUCUCAAAGCAUAAAUAUAAUGUUAAGCCGACAUAUUCUAAAUUUCUAAGGAGAGUAUGCAACAAGAUGUUCUUGUCUGUGCCUGUAAAUAGUGGAUUAAGAUUAAUUGAAUUGUACUGAAAUUCAUAUGAAAGUCAUGGAUUCAUCAAGUGAAUACUUUUUAACAGCUAAAAUACACAUUGUUCAGAGUUGCGGACAUUUCGAUUCAACAGUUGGUUUUGUGUGAAGCUUCCUGGCUAGAGAGUUUGUGGAGAACAAUUUGCAGUGGCGAAUAUCUCUCUUUGUUUCAACUGACACCUAACAACUAAAUUUUGGUGUUUGGUAGCUCCACGGUGGCAGAGAGAAAUUGUGAAAAAGCUUCUGAACGGUUGCCACACAGUUGUGAAUAACAAGGAAAGGUGUUGAACAAACAUGGUUCAUGGAUUUAAUUACUGUGCCUAUAUACAUUACUUUCAAACUGGGAAGUAAAACACAAAUUUAAUGUGACAAAGUAAUGUGUUUGAAUUGAAGUGCUAUGUACUGUUUUUGUAGUUUUGUUGUUUCUUUAUUUUCUUUCUUUCUUUUUUUUUACUCAUAAUGUACAGAAUUGAAAAUGCCCACGCAGCUGAAAAACACUCAUGAACUGGAUGUCGCCAUUUUGGUAGCUUUUUAUUUAGAGCGUGUUUCUAGGGUGUUUUAUAUCAAAAAUAUUUUUUAGUCUUGCUGUACUUUUAUUAUACUGCUGUAAUUUUGUACGGCAAUGUGUUUGUCAGCAUGAAAUGUGUUUUAUUCAACUGUUAUUUGAGCACACAUUGUGACUUUAAGUAUGUACAUGAAUAUACUUGUACAAGGGCUACAGUUUCUUAAAAUUUUGAACAAAUAAUGAAUUCAAACAGUGACACUCUGAGGGUAGAGAUCACGUUCCUGAUAUACCAGGAUGGGUUUUUUUGUAUAAAUAAUUUAAACAAUUCAA